AUGUCUUCUCCAGAGUACGACAUCCUCGUGACCGGCUCCUCAGGCCACCUCGGCGCGGCCCUCAUGCUCUCCCUCCCCUCCCACGGCCACACCCCCCUCGGCAUCGACAUCCUCCCCUCCUCAACCACAACCCACACCCUCUCAAUCACAGACCGCGCCGCCCUCACCGCCCUCUUCACCUCCCACUCCUCCAUCAAACACAUCAUCCACGCCGCAACCCUGCACAAACCCCACGUCGCCUCGCACCCAAAACAAGCCUUCAUCGACACAAACAUCACCGGCACCCUCGCCCUCCUCGAAACCUCCUCCGCCGCCCUCCCGUCCCUCGAAUCCUUCAUCUUCAUCUCCACAACCUCAACCUACGGCUCCGCCCUCGCCCCGGCCCCCGGCUCCCCCGCCGCCUGGAUCACCGAACCCACCCCGCCCGUCCCCAAAAACAUCUACGGCGCCACCAAGACCGCCGCCGAGGACCUCGUCCGCCUGCACCACCUGCACACAUCCCUGCCCUGCCUCGUCCUGCGCACGUCGCGCUUCUUCCCCGAGCAGGACGACGACCCCGCCCGCCGCGCCGAGUUCCCCGCCGACGCGAACCUCAAGGUCUGCGAGCUCGCACACCGCCGCCUAGACAUCGCCGAUACUGUGUCUGCCGUCGUCUGCGCCGUGCGCCGCGCCGCGCAGAUCGGGUUCGCGAAGUACAUCGUCUCGGCGCCGCCGCCGUUCGCCAACGAUGCAGACACCCUCGCGCGGCUGAAUGCCGGUGGUGGUGGGGACGCGGAGAGCGUGUAUAGAGAGUGCGUCCCCGCGGCGGGCGCCGUGUUUGAGAAGCUCGGAUGGAGGUUCCCGGACCGCGUCGACCGCGUGUACGACUCGGCCAGGGCGGUGCGCGAGCUCGGGUGGAGGCCCGAGUGGACGUUUGACAAGGUCGUCGAGAGGCUUGCGCGCGGCGAUGACUGGAGGAGCGAGCUGACGCAUGUGGUCGGCAAGAGAGGGUAUCACGAUGUCCCAACGGGAGUGUACACGACAUGA